GUAGAUUUAUAGCUAGUCUGCUCUUUAUUUAGCGUGUGAAUCUACGGCAAAAAAAACAAAGGUAUGUGCUACAUGGUUAAGCCUUGUAAACGCAAGUUGUAUAAUGGCUCUUGUAUAGACAUAGCUUGUAACGUUACAUGCUGAGAUGCAGCUGAGUUGCAGCUGCUGAACUCUGUCACGUGAUGGCUUGCAUGGAAAAAUCAUUAACCUAGAUUGUGCAGGACACGUCGACGUAGUACACAGCUUAACAUACCGCUACUUCGGUGAGGACACAUAUUUGCCCGACCGACUUAUGUAAUUGCAGCGGCUGCGCGCUUCGCUGUAAACAUAUGAGGAAGCAUGGAGAUGUCUGACGCAAAGACGUACACGUACAGCGCCGUCCCGGACAAGAACGCAGAAAAGCCCGCCUGGAAAACCGUCACGUUCUGGCAGGCGAUCUCCCUGGUGCUGUUCUUCGCCUGCAUCGCGUUGGCUGUUGCUCUGGGGGCGUUUGUGGCUAGCAUGAACUCCGACGAACACAGCCUAGAUGGAUUGGCACCGUGCCCAGCCGGGUACCCAGUCGAGCCCAUGGACGAAGACAACCCGGGAAUCUACGACGACCUGUCCUUGGCAGAACACACCAGCGUUCGUGAGUACAUGGAGAGUCAGGAGAAUCUGGCUCUAACGCCGUGGGACAACGCUGGCUUCAGCGAUAACUACAUCAACGCCAUCGAACUGUACGUCCCAGCCAAGUCGGCGGCCUUGGCAUUCCUGGACGGCGACGGCGACAAACCGGAGAGACAGGCGCUGGUGACCGUGCACGCUGGCGGGAAGACGCCGCCGGUCGUGGAGGAGUACGUGGUCGGGCCACUGCCUAACCCUGCCCGCCACGCACCGUACUCAAACCCCGCUAGGAGGAGCCCCAUCCCGUGGACCAGCCGGGCUAUUGACGCGAAGGAAUAUCCACUGAUAAACCGACUCAUUGGGGAUGCUACGGCUUCUCUACACAAUAUUCUAAAGGAAAGUUAUGGCUACACGUACCAUAACUGCUCCAAACGCUGUCUGGUCACCUUCGAUACGGUACCCAAAGGCUACAAAAGCGGUGAGAGGAGGUCAUGGAUCCUUUUCCAUCGGAAAGGAAUGGGUGGUGUAACGUACGUUAUAGACUUCGCGCUACAGAUCACACAUGAGAGUCCUGAUCCCAGUGAGUGGCGUGUCUCCAGAGUCUUCUAUAACGGACAGUACUUUGACUCAGUCCAACAGCUCAUCACCGGGUACGAGGCGGGUGCGGUUGAAAGGGACACGCCUGACGCCGACGCACAAGACGACGACAUUCUGUAUCCUACCUUCGUGAGGAGGGGAAAGCCGCAGCCAGCUUCUCCUAGCCGGGGCCCGACGCUGACUGAACCGGGCGGCAGGCGGUACGCGGUGCGGGGGCGACACGUCGAGUACAUGGGCUGGAGUUUCGACUGGCGUUUGGGCACGUCACAAUCCAUGCAGCUGUAUGACGUCAGGAUGAACGGACAGCGCAUCGCGUACGAACUGAGCGGACAAGAUGCGACGUCAUUUUACUCCGGAAACAACCCCAUUAUGCUCAACAAUCUCUUUGUCGACUCCUAUUGGGAUGUUGGUAGAAGUUAUGAACUCGUCCGUGGCAUAGAUUGUCCGGAAACCGCAACAUUUUUCAACACACUUCAGCAGAGAAGCACCAAGGAACCGAGCCUGAUGCGGAACGCCGUCUGCGUCUUCGAACUGAAUGCUGGGAUACCGCUCCGUCGCCAUUUUGAUUCCGAUUUUGCAGGAGGCUUCCACUCCUAUGGAGGCAUGGCUGACCACGUGUUGGUGUUACGUCACAUCAACACUGUCUACAACUACGACUACGUGUACGAUUACAUAUUCCACCAAAACGGUGUCAUCGAAGUCCGCGUCGGCUUGACUGGUUAUAUCAUACCAUCCCAAGACAGGACCGACUACGGGUACCCCCUCUAUGCCGGUGUGAUCGGGAAUGUUCAUCAGCACUCUUUCAACUACAAGGUGGACCUCGACAUUCUAGGAACACAGAAUAGGUUCGAAACCGUGGACAUCGUUUUGGAGAACAUCACCAACCCUGAGCGGCCGGAGCUGCGCCACAUCCAGACCCGCAUCCAGCGGAACCUCAAGACUACCGAGAAGGAAGCCGCCGUGCAGUACGACUUCAACCGGCCCAAGUACUACAACUUCUACAGCGAAGAACAGAAAAACCGGUUCGGUUCGAAUCGUGGCUACCGUGUGCAGCUGAACGGCAUCGCUAAGACACUGCUGCUGCGGCAGGACUGGGCGCCGAUGCGGGGAGUGGCCUGGCAGGACUACCAGCUGGUCGUGACACAGAGGAAAGAAUCGGAGCCCACCAGCUCCUCCAUCUACAACCAGAACGACCUGUACGAACCGGUAGUCGACUUCCAGUCCUUCCUCGAUGACGAUGAGAACAUCGUUGACGAGGACCUGGUUGCCUGGGUGACGCUCUCCACGCACCACAUUCCUCACUCCGAGGACUUCCCGACCACGGCUACUGCGGGGACCCAGAUGCAGUUCUUCCUGCGCCCCUUCAACUACUACGACGAGGAUCCUUCGGUGGGAUCGUCUAACGCCGUUCUGAUCACCCCGGGAGAGAAGUCUGGUCCCGCCCGGGUGGAACGGUUCGGUACCCCGACAGGCCCCGCCUGUGUGCCUGAGGAGAGUCCGUUCCACUUCAGCGGGAUGUGGCGAGGGCCAAAUUAAGUCGGAAUUUCCUCGUGAAAGUUCUGUUGAUGGCAAUAUAGUAUUUGUUUUAACUAGUUUGUUUAAUGUAAUCUUCCUGGAAGAGCAAGGAACUGAAAAACAUUGCCAUGUGCACCCGAAGAUCAUUCAGUUGAGUGUGUGAAUAACAGUUGAAGUGUGACGAAUAGCGCAAUAAAGAAAAUUAACCUUUACAAUACUUUAAUCUUAAGGGCUUAUAUUAGGUAUCGCGUUGUUUAAACAAGCAACAUUGGGAAUCUGUGAAAUGAUUUGCUUGUUAAGACUAUGAGGUUACUUUAUCAAAGCUUUGGUACUAUUAUUUUUAGUAUUACUAUGAGGCAGCAUGAAUUACUAAGUGUUACACUUUCAUAGCACAGCCAUGUAAUCAUGAACUUGCACUUUGAUGACAUGCAAAAUAUGCUGUGUCACCUCUCUUGCGUUGAAUAAAGUAGCGAAUUUGUACUGUUGUGAACCCACUGUAUACCGUUUGUCCAUUACCACACAAGAACCCCCUAUUUUAGAGGUACAGCAGUCCUGUUGUAAACCCCCCUAUCUGACAGUAGAAUAGUCCAACCCAGGAACCUCACUCUGGUGCUAGGAGUCCACAAUAAA